AUGUCUCUUCGGUGUCGUCUGCUUCUCUUUCCUUCGUUAGCUAUCGACAGAGAAGCAAGCCAUUUGUUGGUUCACUGUUUCUGUUUAAUGUUUCUAGUUUUUCUUUUUCUCCUGUCGUUUAUAAUUCUUUUAUUCUUUAUUCUUUCUCGAUUUCGUUCGUUAUUCUCUCAUUAUUUCUUUAUUUAUUCUCUUAUUCUUUUAUUCUUUAUUCUUUCUCUAUUUCGUUUGAUAUUCUCAUUAAUUCGUUAUUUAUUCCCUUAUACCUUCAUUCUUUCUCUAUUUCAUUCAUUAUUCUUCUAUCAUUUCUUUAUUUAUUCUUUAGUUCUUUAUUCUUUUUUCUAUUACGUUUUUAUUUUUUCCCCUUUCAUUCAUAUUUGUCUGUUAUUUUUUAUUAUUUCGCAUUUUCAUUCUUCUCUCCCGUUCUCUUUCUCUCUCUUUCUCUCUCUCUCUCUUCCUUUCUCUCUCUCCCUUUCUCUUUCUCUCUCUCUCUCUCUAAAAUAUUUAGCUAGAUAUCUAGCUAGCUAUCUGAAUUUGUCCAUAUCUAUCUAUCUAUCUAUCUAUCUAUCUAUCUAUCUCUGUUCAUAUCUAUCUAUCUAUCUAUCUAAAUUUGUUCAUAUCUAUUUAAAUCUAUUCAUUCUGUUUAUAUUUUGUUUAUAUCUAUCUAUCUCAGUCUGUUCAUAUCUAUCUAUCUAUCUAUCUAUCUAUCUAUCUAAGUUUGUUCAUAUCUAUCUAUUUCACACUGUUUCUAUCUAUCUAUCUAUCUAUCUAUCUAUCUAUCUAUCUAUCUUCUGUUCAUUUCUUAUCUAUCUAUCUAUCUAUCUAUCUAUCUAUCUAUCUAUCUAUCUAUCUCAGUCUGUUCAUUUCUUUAUCUAUCUAUCUAUCUAUCUAUCUCAGUUUGUUCAUUUCUUAUCUAUCUAUCUAUCUAUCUAUCUAUUUCAAUCGGUAUAUAUCGAGCUUUUCUGUUACCUUCCUCACACAUAUUAUUCUUUGCCUCAUUUUCUCCUUUUUUCACAUUCAUAUCUCUCUUCCUCUUUACCCCGUUCCGUCCUCUCUUUUUCUCUCUGUCCUCUCUCUCUCUCUAUCUUCUUUUCAUAUCUAUCUAAAUUCAUUCAUAUCUAUCUAUCUAAAUCUGUCCAUAGCUAUCUAUCUAUCUAUCUAUCCCCGCUCUUUCUAUCUUUAUCUAUCUAUCUAUCUAUCUAUCUAUCUAUCUAUCUAUCUAUACCCGCUCUUUCUCUCUCUAUCUAUCUAUCUAUCUAUCUAUCUAUCUAUCUAUCCCCGCUCUUUCUCUCUUUAUCUAUCUAUCUAUCUAUCUAUCUAUCUAUCUAUCUCAGUCGGUUUAUAUCUUUUUUUUUCCGUUUUCUGCUUUUCUGUCUCCUUGCUUCACCCUUACUAUUAUCCACUUUCUCCUUUUUCUUUUCACAUUCGUCUCUCCCCCUCUCUCUACUUCUCAUUCCCUUUCUUUCUUCAGUCAUUUAA